GGUCCUUUGACAUUACGUUAUGCAGGAGCUGAGGAUGGCGAAGCAAUUAACAAAGACCCGUAUAAGAUGCGGGACCCGCAUUGAUGAGCGGCGAACGUGACUAACAGGUGAUGAAAUUGCAUAUUUGCGGGCGCUGAGGGCAAAGAGAUAUUGUGGAAAUGGCAUCCAGUGCAUAUUACGAGGCGCACCCGCUGUCGGUGGACCAGCAGCAGCAACAGCAUCUUCUCUCGCCGCCGCUGGGAUCGCCGGAACACAUUCACUCGGGACGCUCGUCGGAACAGUCUUCGCCGUUGAAGCCGCUGCACGUGGCCACCUCGAUGGACAGCAUAGCCAAGAGACAGAGCCUCGUCGACUUCGAGGGGUUGAGGAAAGCACAUGAAGAGGAUACCGCCCUCAAAGCACGCAUCCGCCGCCUCCGCGUCGUCUCCCGCGUCCUCGGCCUCCUGAUCUCCGUUGCAGUCUUCAUCCCCAUCGCCCUCACCCUGCACAAGUUUCUCUCAACACAAAAUGUCUACCGGGACGUUACCCGCGACGGCGUCACCAAGCACCGCACCGCCUGGGCCAAGGACUCCAAAGUCUGGCCCACGUGGAUGUACUUCCUGAUCGCCGCUAUCUCCGUCGUGCUGAACAUCGUCAUCAUCUUUGCGUACAAGUUCGGCAUCGACAAAGCCAACAAGGCGGCCACGGUCGCGACGACGUUCAAUUGGUUCGUCAUGCUGGGGAAUCUGGCUGUGUGGUGUGUGGCUGCGAGUCUGUACCGGACGGAGAAGGACAAGGAUGGGAAGAGCAAUGAUUUGUGGGGAUGGACGUGUAGUCCGCUUGCGAGGGAGAUUCAGAAGGAGUUCGCGCAUGAGGUUGAUUUUGACAAGUUCUGCAAUGUUCAGAGUAUCUCGUGGUAUAUUGGGCUUGUGCAGGUCGGAGCGGCGGUUUUGACGGUUGUCACGUACGUGUUUGUGAUGGCGAGGAGGAGUAAGAAGAAGAGCUUGAAGAAGAGGCAUUCGCAGAUGGCGGGGCAGUAUCCGACGAACUACUAGACGGGCUGGAAUGCGGAACAAAACAAAUAGACUAGAUGGCCUGGGAAUACGAAUGCUUCAGUAGUUCGGGUGUUCGCCUUGAACAAAAUCAUCUUACCCCUCCCAAUCAGAGGCGAGAGCGGUAUCAUUGUAGAAUCUCUGGAAGGACCAGGUGUUUUCCUGGACAAGCUUUUGACCUCGCGCCCU